UACUUUUAUCCUAGUUAAGAUUGGUUUCUUCUCCGCCUCUGGUCCAAACGCAGCCAGGAGCUCGCGUGGUUUAUUAACGCGUUGCCCGAAGCGAAAGUGGCUGGCUUAGGUUGUAAGUGGCUGCGGUGUGUGCCUUUGUGAAGGAGGGCUAAUCACCCACAGCAGCUCCUACACACACCCACACCCACACCCUUCUUAAUCGCCAACCUAUAUAGUCCGUACCAGAACUCGUCAAGAAACAGAUUCGUCCUCUCCGGCCAGACAAAAUGAUGCAAAACGAGGUUUUCGUGUCUUUCGUUUUUUUCGCCACGCUUUUGAUCCUGAAGAUGUACGCCGUGGCUAUCCUGACGGGGCAAGUCCGACUUCGGAGAAAAGCUUUUGCCAAUCCCGAGGACACGGUGAAACAUGGUGGCAUGGCGUUCCACAGAGAAGAUCCCUAUGUGCAGAGGUGUCUUAGAGUUCAUCGCAACGACAUGGAAAACAUCUUCCCGUUUCUCUUCAUCGGGGCCGUCUAUUGCUUCCUGCAUCCCAAUCUGGUGGUGGCCCGGAUUCACUUUCUGAUUUUCUUCCUCGGACGGAUGGUUCACACCGCGGCGUACCUCCUCAAGCUGAGACCUCCCGUCCGGUCCGUGGCCUACAGCGUGGCUCAGAUUCCGUGUUUCUCCAUGGCUUUGCAGAUCCUCAUUUCAGUGAUCAGACGCUAGUGAGCCUCCGUCGGCGGCCUUCGUCCCUCGGUGGCUCUUGCGUGACGUUGAAGGGAGGACGCGAAGGGAUAGCGAGACUCCAAACGGAAGAAAAAAACGUUUCACCUUACGGCCGAGUUAUCCUUACCUGGUGCUGGCUUCUCUCUCUUGAGAGAAAAAGACUAUAAUGGGUGGAUUUUUUAAUCUCCUGGUCGCUGCUUGUAAGGCAUGGACGAUAAUUUUGUAAUGUCCAGGUUUGCUUCGGAGAAAUGUUAAGGUGUGGGCAAGCCAGAAACUUCACAACUUGGGGUGGGUGUGAGGGAAAAGAGUUUUUCCUGCAUCAGUUGAAGGAUGAAAUACUUUCUCAUCUAGACCUAACUUCAGCUGAAGCACCCUGAGGUGCCCAUUCCGGCUACAAGAUGUUCCAAGUCCAGCGUGGGUUGAGUUACGGACACGUCUCUUCAUCUUCACACCGUUUGUAACAGAACAAAUAAAAACAAAACUAAAAAGUCA